ACGCAGUGCUUGCUGAAGGUCAGCGUCUGGGCUCUCUGCUGUGGCCGGGAGAUUUUAACAAACAUGCAGCCCACCAUCAGAGCAUCGAUAAUGGAGCCAAGGAUGGACUGGACCAUCAGGAUUACCGUACCCUCGGAGCAGUUGGCUGUCACCAUCCUGGAGCCGUACCCAAUAGUCCUCUGGCUCUCCAACGACAGCAGCAGGGCUGAAAGGAAACUGUCAACAUUUUGGAAACAUGCCUUCCAUUGUGGGUCGUGAACAUGUGUAAUGUCGUCACGCAACCAGGCACCGAAGAAGUAGAUUCCACCAAAGGCCACCCAUGUGAGAAUGUAGCACAUAGUGAAGACGAGAAGGAACCAGCUAAACUUGAGAUCCACUAAUGUGGUGAAAAUAUCUGAGAGGAAGCGACUCUUGUCUGCAAUAGGUCCCAGAUUGACCCUGCACUUGCCAUCCUUGGUGACGUAACGUUGGCGCAGAUUGCUGGCGGUGACAUACGGUCUCCUUGGAUGGCCAGAGCUUGCAGGACGCUGCACAGCAGACCAGGUGGUUUCUCUUCACCGUCCUUACUGCACGCAUGGCUCAGGUUCAGCUCCACCUUCAGGAAGGACUUCAGACCUGCGGGCUCUGGUGCACACAUCUAACGGUCAUUACUAAUGCAUUGCCCUGUGAGUAUUGGUUUACAAUCUUCUGAAUGACCAGUAACACAUGUACACAAUAGAAUGUAUGCCUACAUGUAGCCCCUGCAUGGAAGAAAAUACAUUCUCAGUAAAGUCACCUGCAACUUUAAGACAACACUGAAUGCUGUUACAUUUGAAAUGUUGUUUGAUGAAACUACCUUUUGUAGCCAAGGGUUAAAAGAGUAUACUUAAUAUAGUUGAAUUAGUCCCAAUAUCUGACAUACGUAUUGAAAAAGUUUUCUGAGAAAAGUCUUACCCUUUGAGGACGGUAAUCUCCAGAUGACGAGGCUCUUCCAUUCGUCUCCAAGGUGGUAAAUUAAGUUCUCUCUCUGCACCGUCAACUCAGAGCUGAGAGCGCUGAGCAGCGGCAGCUGGGAAGUCUUCCAGACCUUCAGGGAAUCCACACUCGCCCUUGCCUAGGAAAAUAAAAUCAGUCAAAUCAGUAUCAAUCAGGAUAUUGUCAAGUUAAUUAUAUCUAUAUAGCCCAAUAUCACAAAUAAAUAGAUAUUUAGCAUGCUACAUAUCUGGAAUUCAUCUGUCGAGGAACAUGGAAAAAACGGAAAUAAGCUAAACACUACACUGACUGACACCGAGAUGUUGUUUGUCGGGUUGUAUGUGAUGUUGUUGUACUUUCAGGUGUAUUAGUGGUAGCUGACAGAGUGAUUAGCGUACAUACAGAAGGAUCUAAAUCAGCCCUUGUACAGAGUGGAGGUGCCGUUGUGUAGACGUGACGUAAGCAGCUCUUACUCUUUCCAACUGGUUGGCUGCAUCAACGUACUUCUUGUCCAGCAAAGCUUUGUUGAACUCCUCCAUUGCACUGUGAAACUGAAUCACACAGAAGAGAUGUUACAGCCACAGAAACAUUCAAACAGGUCAAUUAUAAAUGCUCAAAGCGACAACUAUUUCUCUGCUAAUGCCAUUCUGAGAGCUAGACUUGUAAUGAAUAUAUGGCGAGCACAAAGCCCUACCGGGACAAUGCCUUUAAUAAUCGUUAUUAUGAACUCAUCAGAGAAAGAAAUAGAAAAAUAAUAGCCACAGUCUGGCUAUUAGAGCCGUAUGGUCCCGUCAUGUCAAAUUCCUUGUAUGUUCAACAUACCAUGGCAAUAAACGAUUCUUAUUCUAAUGGUAUGGAACUGACACUAUGACACUAUUAAUUUGAUUUAAAUUAUAUUUUACUUAACAAAUUGUCAUGCAUGUUGUACCUCUUUUAGAUGUCCAAGCAUUGUUAUGACGAUAGUGUUUUUCUCCAGCUGCUGCUUCAGCUUUGCAUACUCGGCCACAGCGACGUGGAUGUUCUGCUGCACCUGUGUCCACAAACACAAACUCUGGUUAAAAGCUCUUCAGGCAAUCUGACUACAAUCUAAAGACAGCUUCAGACAUACCUCAGUCUCAAUGCAGUUUUUAAGGACAUCCAUUUCUUUGGAGACCUCAUCAACCUGGACCAUCAGCUCCUCAGAUUGUUGAAGACUAGGGAGGAAGUCACUGUACCGCUUGUUCAUCAUGUCACAUACAUCUUCCUGUUAAAAGAAAAACAUGAAGCAAACAAGAGUUAAAAGAUAAAUUGUAGCGAGAUCGACCUUCUGCUUCAAGCCGAGAGCAUUUGUUUGCAGUUUGUUUACAACCGUUAGUGAAUGGCUGUAAGUCUAUAAGGACAUUCAUCCACUGAUGAAACAGUAUUUGAUGUAAAUAUAAUUUGGCUUCAACAUGUAGCUAACAUGUAACUAACCUCAAAUGUGUAACUUCUGUACAGUAACGUUACAUGAGUAAAUGUUAUUUUAUUAAGGAUUCAAAUAACGGUGCAGUUUAAUUGACUAUAACAGAGCCACGUAGUCUUCUCCACCACACAUGCUAACAGACUUGCUAAUAAUAAUGCACUAAACUAUUUGGAUAGUAGUAGCUAAUUGAAUGGCUAGUGUUAAUGUUUAUAUGCAGCUGCGUGUUAUUUCACGGAUAAACGUGAAACAGUAGCAAGCGUUGGUCAAAAGGUCAGAGAGGUUUCAUGCCUUUCAUGUGUUAGCGCUAACUGCUAGCGUUGGUUCAAACUUUACUUAGCUUGACGUAGCUAAUGCUAUGCUAGCUAGUCGAUUACCUUCGUAUCUUCCACUUUACGCGACAUUUUGCUAAUUUUACUGGACAGGUCCUCUUUCUCCAGUUUGCCAGAGCUGGCAAGCACUUCGGUCACAAACGACGCCAUGCUGUAUCCACACAGUUACGUUAUUAAUGUUGCACAAAAGUAGUGACAGACCAGCACAACAACAACUCAGAACCCGCCAGGUGGCCUGAUUGGUCCCGACAUGACGGAGACUGGAUCCUCCGCCCAGAGGCGCGUCAGCGGAAGUGCAAAAGUGCUUGGUCGUCACGUGAUUCACGUAGGCCCAACCCCCUGAACCCUCGGGGAUUUUGACAUAACCUGGUAAAUACGUUAUUAUGUUACAUGACCAGUAGGUGGCAGCAUGCACCUUCAACGUUGGUUUCUAGUCCGCCAUUAAAUUGAAGAAGAAGAAGAAGAAGAAGAAGAAAAAAAUAAGACGAAGAAGAAGUUUUUUUCACUGUUGUUCUUGUCGUUUACAUUUGCAAACUCUGCAAACAGUUAGCUAACACAUUGUAUGUGGUUGUGCAUACGAAAAAUACAAAAACAAAACAAAAAGAAAAGUAGAUUUGUGCUCAAACAAACAUGCUAGCUUAACUACCCGCUUAGCUAAAAUCAAACCAAUAGCGUUUUUUCGAAUGCUUUACGUUACUUGCUAAAUAUUAGCUUAAUGGCAGACAGUUGGAACACGGAUACCGGUGAAGCUGUGUAUCGGUCCCGGGAUGCUGUCAAGAACUUGAGAAUACGUGUUUGUCUAGAGAGGGUGACCUCCACAGCAGCCCUCUCUAAGCACCUGCAGCAGCAAGUUCUGUCCCAGCAAGACAGAGGUGCCAUUGAACUGGAAACCCUCACCUCACAAGGCCACACAGCUGACAAUGAGGAGGAGUUGGAGGUGGGCUGGCAGGAGAAACUCUUCAGUCAGUAUGAGAUGGAGCUGUUCCAGAACGAGGCAACAUGUCAGACCCCUCUGGACCGUCAGUACCACGCAGAAGUCAAGGCCCUGAACAAGGCCAAGGGCCAACGUAAUCACAGGAUUUUCACAUACACUGAUCAUGACCGCUACACCAGCUGUCUUCCAUUGCACCAAGUGACUUCCACUGACUUAUUGACCACAACCAAAUCCAGCCCCACAUUCCUGGCUGAAAGGAUGGCCAGCGUGCGACACAGACGGCAGGACAGACGCACCAUGGAUUGUAGUGUCCCCAAGUCAAAGAUCGUCAACUGGGAGCCCACAGCGGAGUUUGUGAAGAGCAGUCAUGUGGUGAAUAAUGCCAUGCAGACCAUGCAUAUCAUGGGAGACAUGGGCCCCCCUGGAAGGCUGGGCCAGAAAGAGAAUGAGUAUUUGCUGGUAACCAUAAAAACAGACGGCAGUGGAACAGUCAUCGUAAAGCCUGACUUCAACAAAGACAAAGAGCCUUACAGGAUUGUAACAGCGGGGGAGAAGAGAGAAGUUUGGCGCCUCACUCUUGAGAAUGUGUGCACCACCAUGCAACCAGAGGAAAAGGAGAGGGAGCAGAACAUGUACAAAGACCUGUACGUACGGCACAAGGAGUACCUCAAUAGCCUUGUCGGACAAGACUUUGAAAUGCCUCCGAUAGGUAUUCUGCGUUACCUGAUGAACGGAGAGAUAGGUGAGAAGAAACGCUGCCAUCACUACUGUAUAUAUUUAAAAAAUGCCUAUCUUUGGCAUUUAAAUAUCCUUCUUCUCUUUCACCCAGUCUCAGCCAAAGGCUUUGAAUAUGAUAACUUAUACAUCCACUUCUUCAUGGAACUGCCUAACAACUGGUCCAGCUUGCCACUUCAGUCUCUCUCAGGGGUAACGCAGACGUGCCGGGCCAAAACAUUAGGGAAGGAAAACGUAGCGUUCUUCAGUUACCCCUUGAGCUUUGAGGCUUUCUACAUGUGUGAAAAGGAGAGCGAGGAGUCAAUUCCCCAGUGGCCAGUGAUCUACUUCAAGGUUCUUUCUCUGGACUCCUGGCAGCGCUUUCGAACUGAAGGCUACGGCUAUCUGCUUUUUCCUGCCAUGCCGGGAAAACAUACAGUAACAUGCCACACGUGGAGACCCCUCCAGACGGGGACCGUCUCUGCACUGAGGCGCUUCUUCAUCGGAGGGUCUCCGGAGCUUGAAGACCACAGCUAUGUCAGAAUACCAGGGACCUUCAAGGGAGAGAGGCUGAGUCGCUUUGGCUUUUGUACUGAAACCACAGGAAGUGUCACCUUUAAUCUGCACUGCAUCCAGCAAGCCAGGGCAUUUGUUGACGCCACCAUGUUGAAGAAGAGGAGGCAGAAAGUUUUUGACCAGCUGGGAGGAUUUAGUCAGCAAGGAGCUGUUUGCACCAUCCUUGAGGCCUUCCAGAGGGCCAGGAAAAAGAUGCAAGAGGCCCGAGAAAGUCUUCCCAGAGACCUCGUACACACCACCUCCCAACUUCAGGUCGAAUCCUCUGCAUAGGUGUUCUAAUGGUGGAGGACUGUCAUUCUAUCAAAUACAUUAAAACAUCCAAAUGGCUGACAUCUACUGUGUAGAAUUGUAGCCACAUUACCAGCAAUUAAGAGUUGCCGUUUAAAAUAUUGCACAUUUACUGAUGGGACCAUGAUGUACUGUAAUGAACGGUUUCUUAUUGCUAUUUAUUCUUUGUAAAGAAACGUGUGUUUGGGUAAUAACUUUGGUAAAUAUGGAAUAUAUUUGGUAAUGAAUAAGGAGCAAAGCCAAUAUGCCUACUCAGUCUGGUAUCACCAUACAUUGUAUUGUUUGUACUGUCACUGUUUGGCUAAGAUUUGAGUAAAUAGUCUCUUUUUCAGAGUUAUAGACGCAGUGAUGCUUGUGAAAACUAAUGUACAGAAAAUAUAAUACUUUGGAUUUAAUAUUUUCCAUUGUUUAUUUCAAACAGAAUCAUAUUUGUGGCGAUACAAAUGUUUUUUCAUGUGAACUAUAACCACCAUGUAUUUUUCUCUCAUUAUUAUUAUUAUUAUACAUUCAAAUUUCAUAUUCUUUGUAUAUGCUAAGUACUUAAUAUACAAACAGUCACAAUAGCGCUGCACUUAAGUUACUUUAUACUUCUACUACACUACAUCUUGAUUGUGCUUUUUACUUUACUACUUUUUUUG